CCUCCUCCUCACACCCAGCCCCCUGCGAUGCCCGCCGCUCCACGGCGUGUUUUCUCCGGGUAAUGAUCCGAAGGCAAACCGACAUAUUGUGCAGCAGCAGCAGCAGCGGCGGCGGAGGCGGAGGCGGCGGCGCAGAGAGAAGUCGCUGGUCUGAACUAUGAUCGGGGCCGAACGAGAGGAGGGAAACCCGAGUCGACACGAUCCAUCCGGACCCGAGGGGGGAAGAUGAGGAGCACCAUGGCUUCCACCAAAACUGCGUUAUUCCUGCUGCUCGCGCUGUGUGUGCUUCGCUGCGCCGUGUGCCGCGACGUCACCCUCCCCGACGGACCCCUCUACCGAGUGGCGGGCUUCCCCCUCUCCCUGCCCUGCUCCGUGUCGGGCUACGAAGGCCCCCGCACGCAGGAGUUCGAGUGGUUCCUGUACAGGGACGACGCCGGCGGGAGGCAGAUGGGGGUGGUGUCCACCCGGGACAAGGGCUUCCCGUACGCCCCCUACCAGACCCGCGUGAGGAACGGCGAGGUGCGGGUGGAGCGGGACUCCGGGGACAAGGUCCGACUGGUGAUCCAGAGGCUGCGUGCCGAAGACCAGGGGAAAUACGAGUGCUACACCCCCAGCACGGACGCCACCUACCAGGGAAACUACAGCGCCUCCGUCACCGUCAAAGUGAUCCCUGACACACUCCAGAUCAGCUUCACCCGCUCGCUCACCGGCCAGCCCGUGCCCGAGGGGGCAGAGUUGACCCUGACCUGCUCAGCCGGCAUCCAAUCGGAGCAGCUCACGCACCUGUCCAUCACUUUUGGGAAGCGCGGCGGUGGCGGCGGGGAAGCGGCGGGGGCCGGGGCGGGAGGCGAGGUCAGCACCGUCAGGGAGAUCGUCUCCAUCGACAAGCUCCUGGGGGUCGUGCCCGGGCGCUUCUACAAGGACCGCUACGACGACGGGGAGAUCACGCUGGAGAAGAGGAACGGCGAGGGCGGGCUGGGCGUGUACGUGCUGAAGAUGAGAGCGGUGCAGCCGGACGACUCCGGCUCGUAUUUCUGCGAGGCGUCGCAGUGGAUUCGGGACAUCGAUCGAUCGUGGCAGAAGAUUGCACAGAGGACGCUGGAUAUCGGCAACUUGACCGUUCAGCAUCUAGCCGAGUCCCUGAGCGUAACGUCCUCGCCUAAAGGGGAGGUGACGCUGCAGGUGGGCUCGCCGCUCAUCCUGACCUGCGAGGUGUUGGGACUCCCCGCCGAGGUGAACUCUGGCCUGCUGGUUCAGUGGAUGAAGAGGGGCUCUGUCAGCAGCGAUGCGGUGGGGCCCGGAGGAGUGGAGGUGGAGGUGGCCCGCAUGAGCACGGAGGGCAUCGUGAGCUGGGGGGACGACCUCAGCAGAGCCAGCCUGGGCUCCAUGGAGAAAGUGGCGCCGCGGAAAUACUCGCUGAAGCUCUUCUCGGCGCAGCCCUCUGACUCGGGCGUGUAUCGCUGCGUGGUCAGCGUGUACGCCGGCAGGAGUAAUCCCAGCCCGGCCAUGUCGGCAACGCUCACCCAGAGGUCAGAGGGCGUCACGGUCAACCUGAAGACCAAAGACGUGCUGGUCGCCGCUGUGGCGCGCCUCCCCCGCGGCCCCCUGCUGAAGAGAGGCAGCACCAUCACCCUCAUCUGCAACGCCACCGUGACCACCACAGGUCCCGCCCAGGCGCAGGUGCAGUGGUGGCGGUGGCCGAUCCCCGACCUGGUGACCAAGAAACAGCCCGGCGCCCCUCCGGCGAACCCUCCCGUCGUGCAGAGCCCCACUCUGGUGGCCGUCCUCAUGCACAACGGCGUCGCGAACAUCUACGUCAACGGCAGCGAGAUAAGCGUGGACCGCCUUUCGGCCGUCAGCUACAGACUGAGGGUCCACUCGGCGACGAUAGAGGACCAGGGCAUGUACGCAUGCCACGCCGAGGCCUGGGGCCAGGACCCGCACGGGGGCUGGUACAACACGGGAGUCAGAGCGGAGUCGAACGCUGUCAAUGUUUACCUGUAUGCCAGAGCUGCUGACCUCCUCCUCAUCCCUUUGGUGGUUGGAGUCUCGUCUGCCUUGCUCGUGGGCAUUGUCAUAAUCGCGACGGUUACGUGCUGCUUCAUGAAACGCCUGGCGAGGCAGCGCACCCCGAAAUGAGGCGCCGGCUGUCUUGAAAUCUGCCCGUCCGGGUGAGGCGGGUCGCAGAGCGGACGCACACAUCAGAAGAAACAUUCGACCCCCGACAGCACUGGCAACUCCGACACAUCCCGACACUGACAGAGGACUUUGUCGCCGUGUUUGAUGAUUUUCUGUUUUCUGACCUACUUGUUUAACAAUCAAUGCCAAAAAAAAAAAGGUAUGUUUUUUUUUUUUUUUUUAUUCUCUUGUAUUUUUAUAUCCAAACUGUCUGUGAAAACACCACGUUUUAGAGAUCGCUGCUCCGGGCAUCAUUAGACAUAAUCUCAUGGAUAUCGGAAAACCUCCCAACAAACCAAUCCUUUCCAAUUUUCCAGCCGUCAAAAAACAAUAUAUUAAAACCUUUUAAAAUCAAUAUUUAGAGAUCCUUUUGGUUUGAGCUCUCAGGCGAGAUAUCUCACUAUAAAAACCUGGUUUCUGUCGACUCAUCAACCCUCAGAAGUUCUGGUUUGUUGCAGAAUGCUGCCCAACUCAUCAUUUAAGACACUGGAUAUGUAGGUCACCCCAGACAAACAAAAACCAUUCUGUAUUUCCACAAGCGGUUGAUGCGGCUCCAGAUGUUCCUUCCUCAACGCUGCAUGUUUUUCUUUUAAUACAAGAACCAGCAAUGUCUAUGUGUGUGUGUGUGUGUGUUUGUGUGUGUGUGAGAACGGGUGAGACACUGCCACUGACAGUCACAUGAAUGCUGAGGGGAGCAGUUUAGCCUCCAGAAAACUUAAUAUGGGUGCAGGGAGGGGGGGUGUUCCAUCGUCUGCAGCCCAUGUAAACAGAACCGUCGUCUGUUACUUAAUAAGGAAGCCGCCGGCGGAGGACAGCAGACCAACAGAGUACCAGUCCUCCCGCCCGUGAUGCUUCACGCUGCAAAGUUCUCAAACGAACUUCUAGAUUUGUAUAGAUUUGAGGACGAGGAAUGGGAGAGGUACUCGUAAAUGCACUGAGCCGACGUAUGUAAAUACUCUAUGAAGUGUAACUGUUUUAUUUUCUUAAAGUGUGUACGACUGUGCUGUAGCGCCACGUUUAGCAGGCACCUGUGUUUAGCAUUCAGCUGCAGUCCGCUCGGUUCUUCUGAAGCACUCGGACAAAAAAAUGGGACUGGGACCAAAGCCAAUUUGGAUAACUUCUUUUUGCUUGAUUUUCUCUCAGCAGAAAAAAUGAAUUUCUUUGAUUUUUGUGUUGCUUUUUUUGAUAGAUUUGAUGCUUCCUGAGCUCUUAUGAAAUGAGUGAGAAAAUAUGAGGAAAGCAUUCUGUCUUUGUUUCUAGCUGAAGAACUGUCACGUUCUUAAUUCUGGAGGGGAGAUUCUCCCUGAGGAGUUCAGUCACAUGACUCGGUAGUUUGGUGAAGUCUCACCAUUGUCAUAUUGUUGUCAUGCGCUGCGGGCCACACAUUCCCGCUGCCAAGGCUGACUCUGACCGGAGCUCCUGCUGCUCGCCCACAGAAGUCUGUUGGACAGAUUUACUGUGUCUGCGCACUUAAAAUGGGUGAAAUCCAUCCUCCUCUUCCUGUUUGAAAGUAACACUUAAGGGAAGUUUUUCCUGCACUGUGUGAUCGCUGAAGGCUAGAUACACACUGAUGGAUCACGAUCUGGCUCUCAGCUCCACCACUGAAAUCUAAUGUCAAGUUUUCUCACUUUUUUUCAGUUUGUCUUCGCGUUGUGGGUGUCAGAGUUCCUUUAAAAUCUCCGUGUCCUCUCUAACCUGUGGUCCCAAAACCGUGAUUAUAACCGUUGGUUCACAUUAGGGAAUAAAACUCGCAGCACUGCUUGCUUCCUGAGCCACUUUGUUCCAGAUCAACUGCUCAAAGCUGAUUUGCUCCCGCCGCACACCCACCUACCGCACGAUCACACACACACACACACACACACACACACACACACACACACAGAUGCACGUGCACAGCGGUGGCUGGUAUUUCGGAUGGAAGUGAGCGAGUAUCUGCGUGUUCAUCUCUAAUCCCUGUUUAUGGCCGCUGUGUACCGCCGCCCUUCCCCCACGCUGUGUUAUCAGUCACUGUGGCUCACAUUCGAUUCGUUUCAAUCUCUUCCCCCCCCCCCCCCCCCCCCCCCGAGAUUUGCAGCCAGCUGUACACAGUGUUGCACAUAGCAUGCAAAGUAUGAAAACUGCUGUCUAAAGUUGUGUUUUUUUGUUGAAGACGUGUUAAACCCUCCGAACGAAGGUUCUGUUCUGUUUGAAUUGUUUACUAAUGCUUUAAUACCACUGUUCCCUAAAUGCAUCUUACUGCCACUGAAAAUAUAUACAUACAGACAGGUUGUCGCUCAGUGUGUUUCUCAUGGUGCUUUGGCGAACACGCCAGUUGAUAAAAACCAAUAAACCAGUCUGGAUUUCUAUUGUCA